CGCUGCUCUCCUGUCUGGAUCCAAUUCUCCUCACAAUUUCACCAUUACAAUGUGGCCAUUAAAUAAGGAAUUAAGUUAAAAUAACCCAUAAAAAUCAUGGCAGCGACAGAUGCAAACGUGAUAUAUUCAUAAUUCAGCCAAUCAGAGGAGACUCAUCAUUUUUUGCGUUAAUACUUUAGAUUUUGUUUUUGUAGUGAAUAAAUGGUUUAUUUAUUGCUAUAAAAAACAUCCCAGCUUUUUUCUUUGCAUCUUCUGCUGUUUGCGUUGCACCUCUUAUUGUGAAGGUCCAGCCCGGAAGUGCGGUUGCGGUGUAAACGCGGGAAGCUUUGCGGUCCGUCCAUCUGACAGCUGGGUCAGGCUGUUCGGUUCUCCUCGCAGCUCCUUCAUGGACUGAGGAGUCCCUGCAGCAGCGGGUGUCAGAGCCGAACCGGACCGGACCGAACCAGCCUCCUCCUGCCCGGUCCGGCCAUGGAUGAGCAGGCCGGUCCCGGAGUGUUCCUCAGCGGCGGCGGCGGUUCGGGUUCCGGCGGCACCGGGAGCGCCAGAGCCCCGCCGCCCGCGGACGGAGCCGCGGCCCGGGCUCACUACAGCAUCCCGGGGAUCCUCCACUUCCUACAGCACGAGUGGGCCCGGUUCGACGUGGAACGGGCCCAGUGGGAGGUGGAGCGGGCCGAGCUCCAGGCGCAGAUCGCCUUCCUACAGGGGGAGCGGCGAGGGCAGGAGAACCUGAAGAAGGACCUGGUGAGGCGCAUCAAGAUGCUGGAGUACGCCCUGAAGCAGGAGAGAGCCAAAUAUCAUAAACUGAAAUAUGGAACGGAACUGAACCAGGGAGAGAUCAGAGCUCCGAGUUACGACUCAGAUGAAGGCAACGAAAGCGAAGCUUCCAGUCCUCCCAACAGCAGCCAUCAGCUGAGCUGGAAACAGGGUCGGCAGCUGCUCCGACAGUACCUCCAGGAGGUCGGAUACACCGACGCCAUCCUGGACGUGAAGUCCCAGAGGGUUCGGGUUCUGCUGGGCCUGUCCGGAGAACCCGGAGACGGCCCGCCGGACCGGAGAACCGGGCCCAUGGUGAACGGAACCGAGCCGUCCUCACUGAAGGACAGCGGCAUGGUCAGUAAACCGGACCUGUCGGACCCGGCUACUGUUCUGGAGGCGUUCCGGUUCAUUGAGAGCGCCGCGGCCGAGUUCAGCGACGAAGACGAGGAAGAGGACAGCGAGUCCAAAGACAGAACCGUUCUGGACCUGGCUGCCAUGGUGAGGAAGAAGCCGCCGUCGUCCAGCGCCUCUGACCUCAGCGACGACCCCGACACUGAGGAGGCGCUGAAGGGCUUCGACUUCCUGGCCAGUCCGGACGAGCUGGACGGGUCGGAUCCGAGGAGAGGGGAAGACUGGGAGAAGGAAGAGCCGGCGGCUCUGGGAGAACUGGGCUGGGACGUGGACCAGAGCCUGAUCGCCCAGCUGAAGGAGCAGUACAGGAAGGAGAGGAAGGGGAAAAAAGGAGUGAAGAGGCCGAACCGCUCCAAGCUGCAGGACAUGCUGGCUAACCUGCGGGACACCGAGGAGCCGCCCCUGCCGCCGGCUGUGUCGCCUCCAUCCCGCCCCAGCGUUCCCAGACUGAGCGAACAGGAAGUGGGCCGGCCGGAUGACGAGCCGAUGACGUUCCUGCCGUCCGGAGGGAAGUCCUUCAUCUUGGGCAGAGUGGAUGAGGCCGUCUCCAACGAGCUGGCGCUGGGAGAACUGGGAGAACUGGCCCAGCUGACGGUCGCCAACGAGGCGGAGAGUCUGGGAUACGACAUGGCCUCGAACUCGGAGGCUCUGAGGAAAACGUGGAACCCGAAGUUCGCCCUGCGGAGCCACUUCGACUCAGUGCGCGGCCUGGCCUUCCACCCGGUGGAGCCGGUUCUGGUCACGGCGUCCGACGACCACACCCUGAAGCUCUGGAACCUGCAGAAGACGGCGCCCGCCAAGAAGUGUGCAGCGUUAGACGUGGAGCCCAUCUACACCUUCAGAGCUCACAGCGGCGCCGUCCUCAGCGUCACCCUGAGCUCCAGCGGCGCCCAGUGCUUCAGCGGCGGGUCGGACGGAACCAUCCAGAGCUGGAACACGCCGAGCCCCAACGUCGACCCGUACGACUCCUACGAGGCCUCCGUCCUGCGGGGGGCGCUGCGCGGCCACUCGGACGCCGUGUGGCGCCUGGUCUACAGCUCGCCUCACCACCGCCUGCUGUCCGCCUCGGCCGACGGGACGGUCCGGCUCUGGAACGCCGCCGACGUCUGUCCGGCGCUGGCCGUGUUCAACGGAGACGGAGACCUGGGGGUCGCGACCUCUGUGGACCUGGUGAGCAGCGACCCGGCCUACAUGGUGACGUCGUUCGACUCGGGUCACAUCGGACUCUUCAACAUGGAGACGCAGCAGCUGGUUCUGAAGUUCGACUCCGCCGGGCCUGCAGAGUGUCCCUGUCAGAUCAACCGGGUCCUGAGCCACCCCACGCUGCCCAUCACCGUCACCGCCCAGGAGGACCGCCACAUCCAGUUCUUCGACAACAACACAGGUAAACCGAUCCACUCCAUGGUGGCGCACCUGGACGCGGUCACCUGCCUGUCUGUGGACCCGAACGGGCUCUACCUGAUGUCAGGAAGUCACGACUGCUCCAUCCGCCUGUGGAACAUGGAGAGUAAGACCUGCAUCCAGGAGUUCACCGCCCACCGGAAGAAGUUCGACGAGUCCAUCCACGACGUGGCGUUCCACCCCACCAAGUGCUACAUCGGCACCGCCGGCGCCGACGCGCUCGCCAAGGUCUUCGUAUGACCCGGAUCCGGAGGGCCCGCCGCCGUGCCGACUCGGGCGGACCGGGCCGGACCCGGGCCGGCCGCGUCCCGCUCCGAGGGAACCAGGAGGAACCGGAAGCAGCUUUUGCUCCAACCCCGGUGCAGCGUUCCGCUGCCGGGAUUUCUCUGUGUUUAUGACGUGCCUUUCUCCUCAGAGCCGACGUUCCGUUAGCCGUUCACCGGCAGAACCCGGCCAGAACCAUGAGCAGAACCCAACGGUCCAGGGUCGGCCUGGUUCUGCCCCCUGCAGGACGACCGCAUCAUCGACGCUGCAGAGUUUUCCUGUCGAGGUUCAUUCCAGUUUGUUUCAGGACUUUUCUCUCCGCGAGCCGUGUCAGUUCUCCUGGAGUUCUGGACCCGGUUCUGGCCCGGUUCCAGGCGGCCUGUCCGACUUGUUGCACUGCAGAGGAAGAUCUGUGGCGACGCUCAGAUUCUUAGUGUUUCUGUUGACUCCUGCCCGAUCUGUGGAUUUCCGGCUGAGCGGCCGGUUCUGUGUUGGAUGUUCUGGUUCUGGUAGGUCCAGUUUGUUUUCUCCAUCUGUUCCUGCUGGGAUGUUUCUGGAGUCGUUCCUCUGGGAAGCAGCAGCGAGGAACGCCGGUGUGAACAUCGGAAACAGGAAGUGUACAGUUUGUUCCAGGAAAUCUGAGCAUCCGGAGGAAACGGACCGAACGGAAUCUGAACGGAAUCUGAACGGAUGUUUUCCUCCUCCUGGUUCUGAAUGAGCUGAAAGAAAAGUUCAGCUCUCCGGAGGAGACGUUCCUCACUUUUAUCUGCUUGAGCUUCCAGAACAUUUUUCCAAGCUGGAUCAGCUGAUUGUUCCUGAGGUGACAUGAGAGAAAAAUCUGAGCCGAUUAUCGGAUCACAUUCCCACCAGAAUCCGAUGUCGGGGGGAAUUUCUGGAAAUCCGGUCCAGUUCAUCCCUGAACCAGUCGGUCCAGUUAGGAGAUAAAAACCAGGAAUCCUGCAGACAAGUCUGGAAAAAACAGAAACAUAAAAAAGGGAACAUUUAACUUUUUAUUACUGUGGGAACAGGAAC